CAAGCUGCUGUUGUCCAAGCUCUCCUUCAGAGAAGGCUUUAAAAAAAAAAAAAAAAAAAGAAAAAAACACAAAACAGCAUAGUCCUAUUCUUGGCUUAUAUCUAGUUAUAGUAUUCUUAACAUUUCUUAGGGGGAGAAAAAUCUCAGAACAGUUGCUAAUACCUUAAAAGAUUCUUGUUAGAAGGAAGAUUCUGGUUGCUACAGCUGUUUGCUUCAAGUGAACACAAGGCAGAAAUAACAGGAAGUGAGGGGAGGGUGGUUUUUUUUUUUUUUUUUGAGGUACUAGUUGAAAUAGGCCUCUGCUUGUAUCUCUGUGCUGGGACCAAAGCCGCAGGUUGUUACUGUCAUUUUUAAUUUCUUGCUAAAAUCUGUCUAGCACAGGCUUAAAAAAACCAAACGCACCCCAAAUAAAUGAAGCGAUUUCCCUUGGGUCUAAUUUAAAGCUCCUGGGCCCAAAUAUAUGAUAUAUUCUAUACUAUGCAAUAUAUUUUAUACAUUAAUACAUUUUCGAUUCUAGCAGUAAAACUGGCUCAGGACUUUGCUUUGAGAUUUUAAGACACCUGGGCAUGUUUUCAAGUAGUUAAAACCAGAAGAAGCAUUUUCCUGGACUCCUCUGAAAUAAAACGUUGUUCACGAUUAUUAUUGGGCAAAUAGAAUCUUAGUUUUGAAAUUAAGAUUUAUUUCUAUCUGACGAACUUCAAGUUGCGGUUUUUUUUAUUGACUCAUCUGCUUAUUUCCUCUCAAAGAUACCUCAGUUUCUAUUGCAAAUGUAGGAAGUCCAUACUGUUUUUUAGAGAAGUAGGCGAAGGGUAAAUGUCAGUAGAAUUUCUUAAAUUUUCAUCCUUGGUUAACUAAACUUCUGGCUAACAAGCAGUACAUUUUGUUACUACAUAAAAUAAUUAUAAACUUUAAGGUAAUUUAAAUGCUUUGGAUAUACUUGUCAUCUCGAGUUAACAGAAUUGUUUGAUGGUGCAGGAGGGUUCUGCUGAACAAACAGCUUGUUGUAAUUCUUAAUUGUGACUUUAGUAUCUCUGGUCUGAUGUGAUAUUCCUGCAGGUGGACUAACUGGGUCACAAGUCAUCCAACAGGUGUUUGCAUAGUAUUUGUUAGUACCAAGUACUUAAAUUUCUAUUUCUCCCAUACUAAACUGUGCUACUGUUUUAAUCUGAAUUUUUAAAAAUUGUUAUGAUCUAAGUCUUUCCCCCCCCUUUUAAAUUUUCCUUUCUAUACCAAUAAGCAAAUGCAUAAUUGAUAUUCUCACACAAUGUUUAGAUCAUAAUGUAGGGCUUACAGCUAGCGAGCUAAGGCAUUUUCAGUGCAUCAACAAAAAAAAUAUCAUUUCUGUUUUGUUGUCCCAGCUAGACUGUAUGCUCGGCAUAAAUGCUGAGGAGCAAGCCAGACUUUGACAAUGCUUUGUUAAUAUUUUUUUCUGAACUAUUUUACAACAAGCCACUAAAAAGCCGUUUCCUGCCAAGGAGCAAGAUCAAAAGUGACAGUGAUGAUGCAGUAAUUGUGGACAAAUAAAGGAAGAUCUGGGAAGCAGUUGUUUCCUUUUUUCUUUUUUUUUUUUUUUUUUAUCCCACACAAAAGUUUUGGGUUUGUUUUUAGUUGGUUGGUUCGUUGGUUUUAAAAUCACUAUAGAAGAUUGGGCCCAAAGCCCUAUCCAGCUGCUGCAGCCUCCACACUUGUUUUUUGAUUUUGAAAUUCACUAGCUUUACUUUUAGAACAGAAUAAAUCCUCCCAGCUGGAGCGGUGCUCUGGUAAGUGCCAAGGGUUAGAGUCAGGGCUUACCCUGGCAUCUUCAUUCCUUUAUUUCCCCCCCUCUAAUACGUGCCGUGCUGAAUAUUCGCAGCGCGGCCCACACUGUAACUCCACACUCGUUCCACGCGUUUCUUUUUGACCGCCUCGCCAGCAUUCACGCCUUCCCCGAAGCAGGUUUUUCAGCUUCCCAGGCUUCUGUUCCCACGCGUUAAGCUCACUGACACCUCCCCUAGAGGGGUGCGGAGAGCCGCCGGGCACAUCCCUACUCCCGGCCUCUCCCUGGCGCCCCUUUCCAGCCGUCCCAGGUGCCUCUGCCGGGCCGCGGCUCCUUUAAGGCGGGAGCGCCCCGCGUCACGCGCGAGGGGAGUGUAAACAGGAAGCGGCCGCCGGGAGCCGGGGGUCGGCAAUGGCCGCCGUCAUGGGCCGCGAGCCGCCGGGGCCGCCCGAGGAUGAGGCGCCGGGAGCAGCGGCGGCAGGAGGAGGAGGAGGAAGAGAAGAAGAAGGCGAGGGGCGAGCAAGGGGCGGCGCGGAGGGCGGCGGCUGCUACCUGGCGCUGUGCGCGCGGCCCGUGCACUUCGAGAAGGCGAACGCCGUGAACUGCGUGUUCUUCGACGAGGCCAACAAGCAGGUUUUUGCUGUUCGAUCUGGUGGAGCUACAGGAGUUGUUGUUAAGGGUUUAGAGGAUAGAAAUCCCAUUUCCUUCAGAAUGGAGGACAAAGGAGAAGUGAAGUGCAUCAAAUUUUCCUUGGGGAAUAAGAUCCUGGCUGUGCAGAGAACUUUGAAGAGUGUGGAUUUUUUGAAUUUUAUUCCAGAUAGCCCUCAGCUUGAAUAUACACAGGAAUGUAAGACCAAGAAUGCCAAUAUUCUAGGAUUCUGCUGGACCAGUUCUACAGAAAUUGUUUUCAUCACAGAUCAAGGAAUUGAAUUCUACCAGGUAUUGCCAGAGAAACGAAGUUUAAAGCUUCUGAAGAAUCAGAGUAUUAAUGUCAAUUGGUACAUGUAUUGUCCAGAGAGCUCUGUUAUCCUUCUUUCAACCACUGUCCUUGGCAAUGUCCUGCAGCCAUUCUAUUUCAAGAGUGGGACCAUGUCAAAACUAUCAAAAUUUGAAAUUGAGUUACCUGCAGCACCCAAGUCAUCCAAGCUCAGCCUUUCUGAAAGAGAUAUUGCUAUGGCUACAAUAUAUGGGCAGCUUUAUGUUCUCUAUUUGAGGCAUCACUCAAGGACUUCCAACAGCACAGGAGCAGAAGUAGUGCUCUAUCACUUACCCAGAGAGGGCUCCUGUAAGAAGACACAUAUUUUAAAGCUGAACAGAACUGGGAAGUUUGCACUGAAUGUAGUGGAUAACUUGGUGGUAGUCCAUCAUCAGGAUACUGAGACUUCAGUUAUCUUUGACAUCAAGCUAAAAGGAGAAUUUGAUGGGUCCACAACCAUCCAUCAGUUUGUACUUCCACCUCGAUCAAUACAACCCUAUCAAAUACCUGUAGCAGGCCCAGCUUCUGUGACAAGUCAGGCUCCCGUUCCAUGUAAACUCUAUUCUUCUUCGUGGAUUGUCUUUCAACCUGAUAUUAUCAUCAGUGCAAGUGAAGGUUACCUCUGGAGUCUUCAGGUGAAACUUGAACCUGUAGUUAACCUCUUGCUAGAUAAAGGAAAACUAAUGGAUUUCCUUCUCCAAAGAAAAGAAUGCAAAAUGGUUAUCCUGUCUGUAUGCUCUCAAAUGCUCAGUGAGCCAGCAAGAGGAUCACUGUCUGUGAUUGCAACUGUUUUUGACAAGCUGAAUCAUGAAUAUAAGAAGUACUUGGAAGCUGAGCAAAGCUAUACGAUGGUGGUAGAAACAGGCUUAAGUAGAAGUAACCCACUCCUGAAACGUCCUGUCCGCACUCAAGCAGUUAUUGACCAGUCUGAUAUGUACACACAUGUUUUAUCUGUUUUUACAGAGAAGAAGGAAGCACCUCACAAGUUCACUAUAGCUGUCUUGAUGGAAUACAUUCGCUCUCUCAACCAGUUCCAGAUUGCAGUUCAGCACUACUUGUAUGAGCUGGUCAUCAAAACCCUUGUUCAACACAACUUGUUCUACAUGCUCCAUCAAUUUCUCCAGUACCAUGUGCUCAGUGACUCGAAGCCCUUGGCUUGUCUGCUACUGUCCCUGGAAAGCAUCUACCCUCCUGCACAUCAGCUCUCACUGGACAUGUUAAAAAGACUUUCCACAGCAAACGAUGAAAUAGUGGAAGUUCUGUUGUCCAAACACCAAGUUUUGGCUGCCUUGAGAUUCAUCAGGGGUAUUGGAGGACACGACAGCAUUUCAGCCCGCAAAUUCCUCGAUGCAGCCAAACAAGCAGAGGAUGAGAUGCUUUUCUACACCAUAUUCCGAUUCUUUGAACAAAGAAACCAGCGGUUACGAGGAAACCCCAGCUUCACUCCAGGUGAGCACUGUGAAGAACAUGUCACCUUCUUCAAACAGGUUUUUGGAGAACAAGCUCUCAUGAAACCCACAACAUUCUGAAAGACUCUUCCACUGAAAUGUAUAAACUUAAUUUAUUGCAUUUAAGUAGAUUUUUGAACUACAAAAUUGCUAUUUUAUAAUAAAGUAUAUACAAGACA